AAAGUGUUGAAAGUGAGAUAAUGUUACAGUGGUGAGCGGUGUGGAUGAUAGAACUGAGAGCUUCUUCUUUGAAGUACCAAUGGUUUUACACUCUUUCUUCUUCCCCACUCCUACUUUGCUUCCUAAUAAGCUUAUCUUCAGAAACAAUAGCAGGGUAAUCCUUAACCAAAAGAAAUGUCCAUUAUCCGAGGAAAGACCACACUUUUCAUGUUCUGCUCUAAAACCCACUUCCCAAAAUAGGAUUUUGAGAAGGGAUUUGGGGCUGCUGUUAGGCCUUACUUCGGUCUCUCUAACAUGGCCAUUUUCUGUGACUCUUGCUGAAGAAGAGCUGAAAAUGGCUUCAUUUGUAGAUGAAAUAAAUGCCUAUUCUUAUCUGUACCCUGUUGAGUUUCCGUCUAAGAAAUUUGUCUUCAAAUGGGUAGAGUCCCGAAGGCCGGAGCGAUAUUCAUCAGCUGCACCACUUUCUCCUGAUGCACGCCUGCGUAUUGUGUCUGAGCGUGUUGAUAUCAUUGAUAAUCUCAUCAUUUCUGUCAUGAUAGGUCCACCAAAUACAACCUUUAUAAAAUCAAAGGAUAAGAGCGAAUGGACUGCAAAAGAUGUUGCUGAUUCAGUUUUAUCUGACAAAUCUGCACUGCGAGUUACCUCAAGUCAGCGCUUAGCUGAGAGUUCAGUUCUCGAUACACACUCUGGUGAAAUUGAUGGUGAGCCUUACUGGUAUUAUGAAUACCUUGUUCGCAAAUCGCCCACGAAAACUGCCCAAGAUUCAAACAUUUUCCGGCACUAUCUUGCUUCAACAGCUGAAAGAGAUGGUUAUUUGUACUCUGUCAGUGCUUCGACCCUUAGCCCACAGUGGAAAAAAAUUGGGCCUUUCCUUCAAAAAACAGUGAGUUCGUUCCGUCUUGCCAGCCCAACAGAAAAUUAUGUUCCUCCAUACAAAGAUCCCUGGAGAUUUUGGUGAAACCUCAAAUUUUGUUUUUAUGGUAUUCAUGUUAUAAGUUUUGUGGGGUAAAAUUUAUGUAAUCAUUUAAUAUUCUUUGAGGAAAGAAAAUUGAAAUGGUAUCUCAUCUUUGGGUUAUCUCGUAAUUGUAAAAUUGAAAGGGAAUAAUGAUCUGCCCUUUUAAUUUGGCAGAGUGAAGUGGCAGGUCACUUAAAUGAGGUGGAUGAGUAUUUUAAGCUUUUUUAAAAUUCUAUUUGAGCUUUAAUUUCAUGUCUGUAUGUCGUAUUAAUAUUUUAU